UCUGAAUUCACAGACUGCUCUCACAUGGCUGACCUGCAACGCCGUAUUCAAAAACAGACAAAUUAAAAGCGAAGCCUGGAGCUUCAACUUCCUUUCCUUCUCACUAAUAAUAGCUUUACCUAAUUGCCCUUCUGGUCGCUGGUGCAGAAUCUUCAGUCUGCAAUCUCCAUUAAGCUAAGCUGCUAAGUACUAAGCGCCCCCCCAAAAACUCACUCUCUUUUUUUUUUUAACUUACUUUUCCUUUUACCGUCUCUAAAAAAGCAGUUACCAAACCCCAAAACUUUCCUCAUUUGUCCUUCGUUAUUAUUCUGGCUCUCCCAACCAUGGAAGCUUUCAGCUUGCUCAAGUACUGGCGAGGUGCUGGCGGUGGCGGCACUGGUGCUGCUUCUGCUCUUGCUAGUGGUGGUGUUGUCGGUUCUGGUGAUGAUGGUGCUAAUUUACGUACCACUGCCACCAUAGUCACCGCCGUUUCUCAUCAGGCUACAGAGACCGACGAUGACGAUGACAACAACGACGACGGCCCCUUUUUUGACUUGGAGUUUGCGGUUCAAGACGAAGCCGAAGAAGAGAACGAAAACGACAACGUUGCGUCUGAAGAAGAUGAUGAUGAUGAUAACGAAGAGGAAGACGAAAGCGAGUUUAAAUUCACAAUUUCUUCAAAUUCAAGCUGCAGCAACAACAGCAACAAUGAGCGUACGGACCAAAAUCUUGCGCUUUCUCCGUCCGAUGAUUUGUUUUUCCAGGGUAGACUUGUGCCCAUUGAGCCUUCUUCACUUGUUUUCAAUUCGAAUGAGCAAAGUUCCAAGCUCCAAUUUCCGGUCUCUCUGUUGAAAUCCGCCACAAAAUUUCGAGUGUUCAUGUUGGGUUUCAAGAAAUCGAAACAACAACGCAACGUUUCUGAGAAAACAGAAUCAAAUGACAGAUCUGCUGCCCCUGCCGCUGCUGAGAUUACGAAAGAGCAAAAGAAACAAGAAACAGAGAAGGAAAAACAGAGCAAAUCGGAAAAACAGAGCAAGUUUUUUACUGUGAAAUUCAAAGUGGAAGAAGUUCCUAUUAUGUCCAUGUUCAUCAGGGACAACAGUGGUUCAAGAAAGUCACAGAAGCCACAGAAUGUUGAAGAUUCUACAGAAGAGAAGAAAUUUUCUAAAGAUGUUAUGCAGAAAUACUUGAAAAAAGUUAAGCCUCUUUACAUUCGGGUCUCCAAACGUUAUGCGGAGAAAUUGAAAUUCUCAGGUCAGUUAAACUCAGGCGGCGGCAACAAACCCGUUCAGUCACCACCGUCAACGGCGGGUCAAAAGUCAAAUCCUCCUAAAUCAACGGCGGCAGAAAAGGGAGAGACUGAGACAGAAGUUAGUGAAAGUCAAGUCAAAAGUCAAAAGCAAGCAAAUAUUCCGGAAAAACUGAGAAUUGUGUGUAAGCAUUUGGGCAAAAGCCGAUCGGCUUCUUCUGCCGUAGCCGCAGUCCCAGCCGCAGCUGUUAUUUCCAGGAGAGACGAUUCCCUUCUGCAGCAACAGGACGGAAUUCAAAGCGCCAUCUUACAUUGCAAAAGAUCCUUCAAUGCCUCUCGAGAUUCGGAAUCUUCUUUGUUACCAAGAUCUGUAAGUGACCCAUCUCAUAAAAAAUCAUCAAUGGAAGAGAAAGAUGAGAGCUUUCAAGCCUAAGUUGAUAUCAAUAUCAGUACUGUACUGUGUCCUGUUUUGUUAUGAACAAGUUCCAGGUAGGUUCCGGUGAGUAAAUAGCAGCUUCGAUGUUUAGUGAUGAAGAUGACUGUGAUAUUUAGAUGAAUGCUCAACUAAAAUUUCUGUCACUGUUAUGAGUAGUGUUGUGUUGUAAAGCUGGUGCAUCUUUCUUUCUUUCUGAAAGUGAAACAAGAAUCAGAUCUUUGUAUCCAUGUUUCGAAAAUCAAAGCAACUGCAUUUGCUUUCCUUA